GUGGGUGCCGGUGGCCGUGGGGUGGGCGGGAUGGUGGGGGCGGCGGCGAUGGCGAUAGCGCAGCUCUUGGCCGACCAGGAGGUUGAGGUCCGUCGGCUCAGUCAAGUGAUUGAGCGGCUGCAAAGUGAAGACGAGGAGUUGCUAGUCGGCUCGGACUUGCAGAGCCUCAGAGAGGAGAACGAGAAGUUGAAGUACCGGCGACUGCACCUGCAGCGGAGCUUGCGGGCGGAGAUGGCGAGGGGCCCGGCCCCACACAGCGCCGGUCCUGGGCCCCAGAACUCCUCGAUUUAUUCGGAAGGCAAGUCCAACAUGGAGACAUUGGAAAGAAUUUCUGGAAUCGCUUUCCUUGACAGCAAUAUGCAGAAAGAGCAAGAAGAAACCAAUAACUUCGAUCACAGAAACAUUGGACGGGAACAGGAAUUGUUUUUCUUCCAUGAGCUCAGCCCGGGGAGCUGUUUCUUCCUCCCAAGAGGUGCUUUCAUUUACAACACACUGAUGUCAUUCAUACAGUCGGAGAACAGAAAGCGUGGGUUCAAUGAAGUGGUCUCUCCAAAUAUCUACAGCAGACGUCUGUGGGAGAUGUCCGGCCAUUGGCAGCACUGCAGCCACAACAUGUUCAGCUUUGAUGUGGAGAAGGAGAUGUUUGCGCUGAAGCCCAUGAACUGUCCUGGCCACUGUUUGAUGUUUAGCCAUCGCCCACGUUCCUGGCGAGAGUUGCCUCUUCGGUUCGCUGACUUUGGCGUUCUUCACCGCAGAGAGCCUUCAGAGUUGUUAAACGGGCUGACCAGAGUGAGGCGAUUUGAACAGGAUGAUGGCCAUAUCUUUUGCAUGAUGGAGCAGAUUGAGGAGGAGAUCAUGGGCUGCCUCGACUUCUUGCGCUCGGUGUAUGGAGUCUUUGGUUUCACUUUCCAGCUGAAACUCUCCACACGGCCAGAGAUGUUUUUAGGAGACCUGAACACAUGGAAUCAAGCAGAAGAGCAUUUGAAGUGCAGUUUGGAUGCGUUUGGUGAGGCCUGGAGACUGAGUGCAGGAGAUGGAGCUUUCUACGGACCGAAGAUUGAUGUUGACGUGAAGGAUGCCCUGGGCAUAUACCAUCAGUGCGCCACCAUCCAGUUGGACUUCCAGCUUCCUAUUCGGUUUAAUUUGACCUACGUUAGCAAGGAUGGAGCGGAUGAGAACCGCCCAGUUAUCAUCCAUCGUGCUGUGCUAGGAUCGCUGGAACGCAUGGUGGCUAUCCUUGCUGAGAACUAUGCUGGGAAAUGGCCUUUCUGGCUGUCGCCGCGGCAGGUCCUGGUGGUCGCUGGACCAGGCUGUGAGGAGUACGGUAGGAGGGUUUGUCAGGAACUGACUGGGGCUGGUUUCAUGGCAGAUGUGGACCUGGACACUGGCUCAGUGCCUUAUAAGAAGAAGAAGAAUUCUCAGCUCGCUCAGUACAACUUUAUCCUCGCGGUCGGAGAGAAGGAGAAGGUGAAUCACACAGUGAAUGUCCGUAUGAGAGAUAACAAAGAGCAUGUCGAGCAGUCGCUGGCAACAACGCUGGAGCAGCUGAGGUGGCUGCAGCAGCAACGAGCCCCGAGGGCCCAGGAGGAUUUCCAGCUUCCAGUCUGUGGUCGGGCGGAUCCAAAACCGUGAAGUACUGAGAAUUAUAGCACCAUGGAAGCAUUCAGAAUCAUUAAAAUAAAUUACUCAUUAAUUGGAAUUGCAACCUUGAUGUUCUGGGCUGGAAUGUAUUCGAGGAAUUGAUGUGAAAUUCAAUGAGGAAGUAACACUACAAUAAAAAUAAACCAAAAUUA